UUGGCAUCAACAUUCUUUUUGAAAAACAUGGCUGCGUUCAUGAGGUUGUCAUGCUUUACCGCAAAACUACGCUUAAACUGCAGUCUUCUAAGAGCUUACGCACAUUCAGAAGUCUUGAAAGCACAAAAAUGCCAUAUCUGUCAGGUCCGUUUUUAUUCGGCUCCACCCCAGAAGAAGAGUUUUUUCUCUCAGGUGGUCGAAAAUAUAAAAGAAGAUAUAAAUCGCAAUAAAGAAAUGAAGGAAAACUUAAAAAAGUUUAGGGAAGAAGCUCAGAAAUUUGAACAGUCUGAACCAUUACAGAAAGUUAGACAAAAAUAUAAAUUAAUCGAAAAAGAAACUUCUAGAAGUUCGGAGCAAAUAAUGGAGCAUCUAGAAUCAUUGAAAGGAAAAUUAAAAGAAAGCCUGGAAGAAGCUCAAAAAAGUGAAUUUGGAAAGAAAAGCCAAAAAUUAACAGAAGAAUUUGCUAAAUCUGCAAAAACUGCAGCUGAGGCAUUAGCGAAACAAGGUGAACAACUUGGAAAAAGUACUCCUUUAAGAGCUGUCGCAGAAGGUGUGAAGACCGUUAAAGAACAAAUUGAAGAAGCUCAAAUGGCAGGGCCAAGAGUUUACCAAACACCUGUUAAAUUGCACAAGCGAAGCGAAAGAUCCAAGAUGAGCACAGAACAGAGAGUUGUUGAACCUAAUAUGGAAGCUACAGGUAUUGAACUUCAUAAAGACUCUAAAUGGUUUCAAAGUUGGCAAAAUUUUAGGGAUAACAAUCAGUAUGUAAACAAAAUUUUUGAUUGGAAAAUGCGAUAUGAUGAAAGUGAUAAUCCAGUGGUCAGAGCAUCACGUCUCCUAACUGAUAAAGUAACAGAUCUGUUUGGAGGCCUCUUCCAAAAAACAGAGCUUUCUGAAGUUUUAACAGAGAUUUGUAAAAUGGAUCCUAAUUUUGACAAAGAAGCUUUUAUUAAGGAAUUCGAGACUGAGAUUAUUCCAAAUAUUUUAGAGUCAAUGAUACGGGGAGAAUUAGAAAUAUUGGAAGAUUGGUGCUAUGAAGGGCCAUAUAAUACUCUGGCUACUCCUAUCAAACAAGCAAAAGAAUUAGGAUACUAUUUUGAUUCAAAAAUUUUAGAUAUUAAUAACGUUGAUCUUGCAAUGGGAAAAAUGAUGGAGCAAGGACCUGUACUUGUUUUGACAUUUCAGUCUCAGCAGAUUUUAGUUGUGCGUGAUUCCAAAGGAAAUGUUGUGGAAGGUGACCCUGAUAAAGUUUUAAGGAUACACUAUGUAUGGGCUCUUUGUCGAGAUCAAAGUGAGUUAGACCCAAAAGCAGCUUGGAAACUAUUGGACUUAUCAGCAAGUAGCACAGAACAGUGGCUAUGAGAGUAGACAUUUUAGUGUUGUAUAUAUGAUAUGAAAUUUCUAGGCUGAAUCUUGUACAAAGAAGAUUUUAGUGUACUAAGUGUAUGUAAAUAUUUUCAUGAAUUGAGUUUAGACUGCUGUUUAUUGUGCAGCAUUUUAGACUUACUGGAUGAAUUAUUUAAAAUAAAAUCCAUAUUUUAUUUAUUUGCAAA